AUGGGGCAGCUUGAACGUGACGCUGGUCGUUAUAAUGACUGUCGAGAGAGGCUGAAUUUCUGUCUAGGAGCUUGUGUUUUGGCUGGAACUGGUCUGCCUAUUGAUAGGUUUAUGACUACAACCAUCCAUCUAUCACGUCUUGGAGAAGAGUGGGUACUCUGGGCGUCUGAGGAGUUUGGCUUCAUGACCCCAAGCGAUUCCGUCUCAACCGAAAGCAGCAUAAUGCCGCAGAAGAAGAAUCCAGACCUAAUGGAGCUUGUCAGAGGAAAAUCUGCUCGUGUCAUUGGCGAUCUGGUCACCGUCCUAACACUCUGCAAGGGACUUCCCCUUGCUUACAACCGAGAUUUUCAAGAAGAUAAAGAACCUAUGUUCGAUAGCACCAAGACAAUAAUGGGGAUGAUCGAUGUUUCUGCGGAGUUUGCUCAGAAUGUCACAUUCAACCAAGAGAGGAAAAUUCAGUUAAUAAGUUCAGUUCAUACGGAUCAACUGGAUCGAAAUGUGUUGCCGAGCAACUUGGCUACUGCCUACUGGGUCAACAAGCUGAAGAUUACUAACACCUGA